GUGCUGGAGUAGGCGCCGCCAUGGCCGCCGCUAUCACCGACAUGGCCGACCUGGAGGAGCUCUCCCGCCUGAGCCCUCUGCCCUCCGGCAGCCCCGGCCCGGUGGCACGGGGCCGGGCUGAGCCUCCUGAGGAAGAGGAGGAAGAGGAAGAAGAGGAGGCGGAGGCCGAGGCUGUGGCGGCGCUGUUGCUGAACGGCGGCGUUGGCGGGGGCGGCGGCGGGGGGGGGGGGGGCGGCGAGGCGGAGACGAUGUCGGAGCCUAGCCCCGAGAGCGCCAGCCAGGCCGGGGAAGAUGAGGAGGAGGACGAGGACGAGGAGGAGGACGAGAGCAGCAGCAGCGGUGGCGGCGAGGAAGAGAGUAGCGCCGAGAGCCUGGUGGGCAGCAGCGGCGGGAGCAGCAGCGAUGAGACGCGCUCGCUGAGCCCCGGCGCCGCCAGCAGCAGCAGCGGGGAUGGGGACGGCAAGGAGGGCCUGGAGGAGCCCAAGGGACCUCGGGGCAGCCAGGGCGGCGGCGGGGGCGGCAGCAGCAGCAGCAGCGUAGUCUCGAGCGGCGGGGACGAGGGCUACGGGACCGGGGGAGGCGGAAGCAGCGCGACCUCCGGAGGCCGCCGAGGCAGCUUGGAGAUGUCGUCGGAUGGGGAGCCCCUGAGCCGCAUGGACUCGGAGGACAGCAUAAGCAGUACUAUAAUGGAUGUAGACAGCACAAUUUCCAGUGGGCGUUCAACUCCAGCAAUGAUGAAUGGACAAGGAAGCACUACUUCUUCAAGCAAAAAUAUUGCCUAUAAUUGUUGUUGGGACCAGUGCCAGGCUUGCUUCAACUCUAGUCCAGAUCUGGCAGAUCACAUCCGUUCCAUACAUGUAGAUGGUCAGCGAGGAGGGGUAUUUGUUUGCUUAUGGAAGGGUUGUAAAGUGUAUAACACUCCAUCAACUAGCCAGAGUUGGUUACAGAGGCAUAUGCUAACACAUAGUGGAGACAAACCUUUCAAGUGUGUUGUUGGUGGCUGCAAUGCCAGCUUUGCUUCUCAGGGAGGACUAGCUCGCCAUGUUCCUACACACUUUAGUCAGCAGAACUCUUCAAAAGUUUCUAGCCAGCCAAAGGCCAAAGAAGAAUCUCCUUCUAAAGCUGGAAUGAACAAAAGGAGGAAAUUAAAGAAUAAAAGAAGACGUUCAUUACCACGACCACAUGAUUUCUUCGAUGCACAAACACUGGAUGCGAUAAGACAUCGAGCCAUAUGCUUUAACCUCUCAGCUCAUAUAGAAAGUUUAGGGAAGGGACACAGUGUUGUUUUUCAUAGUACUGUAAUUGCAAAGAGAAAAGAAGAUUCUGGAAAGAUAAAGCUUUUACUUCAUUGGAUGCCUGAAGACAUUUUACCUGAUGUAUGGGUGAAUGAAAGUGAACGACAUCAAUUAAAAACUAAAGUAGUUCAUUUAUCAAAGCUACCCAAAGAUACUGCCUUGCUUUUGGAUCCAAACAUAUACAGAACAAUGCCGCAGAAGAGGUUGAAGAGGUAAAAAAUAAAUAAAUACAUAAAAGCAAACAAGCGGGGACACCUGCAGUCUUAGUCACUGACAAUGGGCUUAGGAAAAGUUGCACAUUAGAGUCAAACCCCUUCCUUUUUUUUAUUUUUAUUUUUUUUUUAAAUCCAGUAUUUAGGGUAAUAUUUAUGCUUAGUGUAAGCAUUCUGUGAAUGACAUAGACUCUUCUGUGGAAUAUAUUAAUAUAUUACUGUAUAUCCACAUUUUCAUGGAAUGGUACUGUGGGAGACUGAGCAAACACUCUUUUGGCAACUUAGCGGAACAGCUUCUAAAGGCUUUGCAUGCUUGCUGCUUUAAGCUGCUUUUUCCCCCUUUAGUAGUUACAGUAGUUAUUAUUUGAAAAAAAAAAGAAAUUAAAAUAUAUGCCCUUAAAAUUACCAAAAGCACUGUAAGGAUAUUGUCUUGACAGUGUCUACUGAUCUGAAGUCAUUAGGAAAUAUUUAGACAGUGAAAAUUAUCAAGAGAUAAUUUACCUUUCAAUUAUGAUAAAUAGAUGUGAUUGGUUGCCAUUUGUGUUCUUUUGCAGAACUCUGAUAAGAAAAAUGUUCAGUUUGUAUUUAAGCAAACAGUGAACGACAUUUGCAAUCAACCAAAAAUUCGUCUAUCAAAUUAGGGCUGAAAAUUACUGUUAAAGAGUGUUGCAGUAUGUCUGGUGGCUCCCUUAUCAGGACUAGGGCUUUCUCAUGGAGUACAGUAUGUUAAUACUUACCUAUAAAAGUCAUCUGUUAACGGUUUUUGAAAAACCUCUCUUUCAAAUGAUUUGAGUAAUCCUCAUAUUUUCAUUUUAAACUAUAUAUAAGACUAAUUUUUUUUUCUGAGGAAAGCAUUUGGGGUUUUAGUUCUUUUUCUUAAUAUAAGAAAAAUUGUAUUUUUUUUAAAGUAUCUUCAGACUGAAUCUUUUAUGCACCAAAGUUGGCUUUGAAAACGAAAAUUAAAUCACUUUCUUGCUUGGUAAGCAAGAAGCCAUAUGGAUUUUUUUUAACUUACAGAAAUGGAAAUAUGUGUAACUUGUUAGUAUUGUAUCAAACAAAUGUUGCAUAGAGAUAAUAGAACAUUGCUUGUAAAUAAUUUGGCAGAUUUGUAAUAUAUUUUUAUAUUAUGAAAUGUACUGUAGAUGUUUUUCUAGAGGCAUGGAAAAUGUAUAUAUUAUGGUAGAAAUAAUAUUGAAGGAUAUUGUAAUUCACUAGUGCUGCCAGAGGAAUUGUUAAUAAAGCACCUUCUUUAACAAUAAAUGUCUUUUGCAGACUUAAGGGACUAUGUACUACUGUUAAUAUCUAGAAGAACAAAACACAUUGAACAUCCUUCCAGAAGGUCUUUUAGGGAGGACUUGUACCCAUAAUAGAAUUAUGGCACUCAUUUCUGACAGUGACCGUGAAAUCAAUUAUUUCCUUACUGUUGGAAGGACAUAUUGUAAAGUAUAUGGUUAUUUGCAGUCAAACUGCAGAAAAUACUCCUGAUUGAGGAGUUUUCACUUUACUACAGUAAAUAGAAAAACCAGCAGUUUUUAAACUAAAUUUUUUAAAGAAGUAAUAAUAGAAUUAAGCCUUUGGUUCCAAAAUGGGGAAAGUUCAUGAUACAUUAAUCAUUUGUCAUUUGCUUAAAAAAUUUUGAAAUAAAAAUUACAGGAAAAUGUAUUCGUUACAAUGAGUUUAAGAGCUAUAUAAUGAAAUGAGUCAUAUAAAACUAAGUAAGUGCAAAUAAAAGCACUGCUAUUAAGACAUUCUGGAAUGGUUGUUUAAUAAGGGUAUUAUCAAUGUGAUCUGUAGCAAUUGUGAUUUUAUUUUUUAAAAGAAAAGUAGUGUAUUUUUUUGUUUUCUGAAUUUGCUCAAGCACUUCAUCGAUUGCUUUAUUUUGUGUCUACAAAGUAAUCUUCAAUCUCCUUUGUUCUUUUUUUAUUUUGACUUGUUACGAAAUUGCCAAAUAGAAAUGUGUCAGAUAUAUAGUUGGUACUUGUAUUUUUAUUUUAUUGCUUCAUGUUCUUGUAAUUUUUAAUUGACUGAUGAUUGUAGACCUUGGCCUGAGUAUUUUUUCAAAUAAAACAAAAGCAAAUGACAUUUAGCUUCAGAAUUGUAACACUUCAGUUUUUAAAUGACAUCAGAAAAUGUACAUCUAAUACUUUUCCUAUAGGCACAUGAAUAAAUUUAUCCUUUCUAGAAGGAAAAAGACCCAAAUUCCAUGGUUUUUGAUUGGCCUCUAGUACUCACUUAGAUCUUUUGCUGCUUGUCUGCCUUGAUUCCUUAUUAUUAUUAACACACCAGAGAGAAUAUGGAUUUAAAAUGGGCUAGUUUUAUAACUUGUUAUUAUACACAUUAGUUAUCUUUGGAAAAUGAGUGUGAAAUUAUAAUGUUCAUUAAUUAAUAUCUAUAUGUCUCUUUUAUCCCCGCCCCAUAUAUGAUACAGGUGUAGCAAGGCACCUGAAAUAAUCUUUUAUCUAAAAUU